CUUAACUGUUUCCGGUCAUAUCUCUCCUUGACGCUUACUGCCCUCUAGUGGCAUCUGGCUUUAACCGCCUUUGACUUCAUUUUACUUCCAUUUUGUUGGGCGUAAAGCCGGGAAGGCGCGGUGUCUUAUAGCAGGACUAGUUCGUCGUAUAGGCGGCAGAACGCGAAGAAGAUGGCUUGCUUCCGGUAAUGGCGGCCUUCGUAACUCAAAGAGCUUUUGGACGUAAAGGAGCCGCCCGUAAGUAACACAAGAAACAAAUGAAAAGUUGUUGACUUUAAGAAGAAACUGAGUGUGCUUGUAGGAAAGAUGAAUUAUGCUCGAUUUCUGACUGCGGUCAGCGCAGCCAGGAAGCCAUCGCCCAUCAGAAUGCUGACUGAGCUGCAGCAGCGUUCACCUCCAUCGCUGAUCUCACUGGCCGGUGGGGCGCCUAACCCUGACACCUUCCCCUUUGAGUCAGCGACCAUCCAGGUCAAGAACGGCCAGGCUAUCUCCUUUGAUGAGGUGGCCAUGAAAAGGGCAUUGCAGUACUCGGCCUCCAGCGGGAUCCCAGAGCUACUGACAUGGUUAAAGAACCUGCAGAAGAGCCUCCACAACCCACCGACGGUCACCUGUAGUCCUGAGAAUGGCCAAAUGGACGUGUGCGUGACCACAGGAAGCCAGGAAGGGCUCUGCAAGGUGUUUGAAAUGCUGGUCAACCCUGGAGACAACGUACUGCUGGAUUCACCUACCUACCCGGGAACGCUGGCGGCACUACAGCCGCUAGGCUGCAACAUUAUCAACGUCCGCAGCGAUCAGCAUGGAAUGAUACCAGCAGCACUGAAGGAAGUCUUGUCUCGCUGGAACCCAUCAGAUGUUCACAGGCCCGGCAGCGGCGUUCCCAAGGUCCUCUACACCAUUCCCAAUGGAGGAAACCCCACCGGCGCCUCCAUGACAGCUCAGAGGAAGAAGGAAGUCUAUGAGCUGGCAAGGACGUACGACAUGCUCAUCAUCGAGGACGACCCUUACUACUUCCUGCAAUUUGACAAGCCAUGGGCGCCAACUUUCCUCUCAAUGGAUGUGGAUGGGCGGAUCAUCAGAACCGAUUCCUUCUCCAAGAUCCUGUCUUCAGGCUUGAGGAUAGGUUUUGUAACAGGGCCCAAACCUCUGCUGGAGCGAGUGGUGCUGCACGUUCAGGCAUCCACUAUGCACACAAGCACGUUUACACAGCUCAUGGUGUCUCAGCUGUUGCACGAUUGGGGUCAAGAUGGCUUCCUUCGCCACAUAGACGGAGUGAUUGAUUUCUACGGAAAACAACGUGAUGCGAUGAUUAGCUCCGCCCACAAGUGGCUCUCAGGUAUAGCAGAGUGGCACACCCCAACGGCGGGAAUGUUCCUGUGGAUCAAACUGAAGGAAAUCCAAGACACCAGGCAGCUCAUCAUGGAGAAGGCCCUGGAGAAGGAGGUGCUGCUGGUUCCAGGAAGCGUGUUCAUGAUCGACAGCAGUAAGCCGUGUCCUUACGUCAGAGCGGCUUUUUCACUGUCUACUCCCCAACAGAUUGAUGAAGCCUUCAGACGCCUUGCCAACCUGAUCAGAGAGUCUUCCUGACCAGCUCCCCUUCAUUUUACAUGAAGAUGUUAUGGCGUGCAAAAGAACAUUUGUCAAAGCGCAUGUUCCUCAUUAUACAUGCUGGAGGAGGUGAACAUGAAUGGAAAAAAAAUAUAUUUUGCACUGUACAUGCCCAAAUGUUUUAAAUGGGAUCUAUUAUGAAAAUUUCUCGACCCUUUGUAUUGAGUUGUGGUCUCCUAUAGAGCAGCUACACACAAUAACCUGCAAAAAAAAUUCUAAAUCUGCACCUAUCCCGGAUGUAUUUCCUUUGAUUUGUUCUUCCUGCAGCCCACAUCCGGGCUUGCCCACUCCGCUUUGAUUGGUCACACACCCAAAGUGCUUCCCAACUAUGAACCAUAUAAGGAAGUCUGCCCUCUGUGACAUCACAAAGUGGCUUCUUUCAGGGCUCACUUCCAGAUGCGCAAACCUCAUGAUAUGAAACGUUGGCAUCGUUUAACACCGGACUACAACAUUCUAACGACAUUUAUAGCUCAGACAAGUGGGAAAAGCACAAUAGUUCCCCUUUACAGGGGAACUACACUUUAUGGAAGUCACUAUCAUUCACAAUACUUAUGUGAAACACAAACACAUUUCUUUCCCUUUUCUGUAAAUUACAACAUGAGAAAACAAGUUCAUAUCAGCUAGCUUAUAAUGCUGUCAUUGGGUUACACCUAUUUGGACUAAGAAGCCCUUUCCCAAAAAUCCCUCUAACAAUAUUGCAUUGUUUGAGGUACAUGCUGUGAUCAUGCAUUAACACGUACACUGAUGAAAUGUACUGAUACACACAUAGUACAUACAUGCUAGUUCUGUCAACAACAGCAGCGACAACACUUAGGAUGCCCGCUCUCCUUGGGAUGGCUGUGUCUUCCAGCACAAGACGUGAGCUCCAGUCCUCUGGUAAAAAAAUGCUGAUGGCAAACAAGCAUCUUGUUGAGUAUUUGUAGCGAAAUGUAGAAUUAGGUAUCUGCUCUUCCGUCUGUGAGUGAUGCAUAGUCCGCUGGAUAAAUAUAGUUAUAUGUGUUAAAUGCCACAAUAACAAUAUUGCUGUGGCUUGGUUAAUAUGGAAGUUUGUUAUGUAAAUGGACACUUUUGGCCUUUUUGAGGGUUUUUUGUGAGGGCUUUUGUGUCAAAAUAGUUUUUUCCCAUGACGUCCGUUGUU